CGACGUCAAUGGAUGCGCCAUCUGGCAUCUUUUUUAAACAUUUGAUUGUUUACCUUGAAGCAAGGGAUAUGCACUUUUAGAAAGUCAGGUCCCGAUUACCUUUGGUUCACGGUUUUGUUUUUCGAUUCAUAUUCUUUCCCAACCCGUGCCAUGAUUUAGAAUCGCAUAACAUCACCAACAGACAUCCUUCAACCAUGGCGACGAUACCCUGGGGAACAAUCCGUUCCCUCCUAAUCUUCUUCGGCCCCGUCCUCCUCCCCAAAGCCAUCACCCUCUACCGCAACCUCCGCCGCGGCCGCGCUGCUCACGGGCUCAAGAUCCGCCCCGUCCCCGCCCCCGUCCGACGCGCUCUACUCCUCCUCCUCUCCCUCUCGCUCGUCUACCUCGCCCUCGCCCUCGUCCCCUUCUACUCCCCCGAGAACAUCUUCCGCCUCACGCAAUCCCGGCUCCAAAUCCCCGUCGACGUGCUCUUCACGCGCCUGGCCUCCCUCCGCCCUCCAUCCAUCUCCGACAACGCUUUGCGUCACAAAUUCGUCAACCUCGAAUCGCGUCUGCUCUACCUGCAAUUCGGCCCCGACGUGCUCGCCUCGUGCCCAUUUUGUUCGUCCGACGACCCCAAGUCUUACCUCUACUAUGCGCUGCCCAAAAUCGUCGCCCCGCAUCUGUUCAACCUGGGCUUGAUCGCCCUCGUCACCUCUUCCUCCUCUUUUUUUGGUACCGGGAGUAGAGACGGGUAUAAAUGGCGAUACCCCGCGACCAUCGCUUCUUUGUGCAUCGGUUUCGCAGACGUUUACACGGUCAGCUCGUAUAACCACCAAUCCAACGCGCGCGCGCUGAGGUUAAACGAAAUCGAUUUUUUCUACUGGCGCCAACGCUCGCUUCGCUAUCUCCUUCUGGUUGUACUAAACACCCUCCUUGCGAGCUUGCUGUAUCUGAGCUCCACCAACCGCCUGUUCGCUAGCCCCCCUAGCCCCGCGGAGCGCGUGGAAACAGUGGUGCGCCAGUUGCAGCAGGUGAAAGGGAAGAUCAACGCGGCGGGGGUGAUGCAGAAUACGAUUAGUCGGGAUGACGAGUUGAGGGCCAGGAGCAAUGCGUAUUGGCAUCAUGAGGUUAGGUUGAUGGGGGAAGUGAUGGAGGAGAGGGAUGUGGUGGAGGGGGUGAGGGAUGCGUUGAGGGAGAGGAUUGUGGUGGAGAAUGUGGAGAGGGAUGCGGAAACUUAUGUGAGGAGUAUGUUGCCGCCUUUUUCGGCGGCGGUGUAUGGUGGUGGUGGUGGUGGUGGAAGGGCGAAGGAUGAUUAGAGAUGGGCUUGUUUUUUUCUCGUUUUUUUUCGAGAUGUAUUGGUUUUUGUUUUUGGUAUGGUUGGUGAUGUUCAUCA